AUGCGUGGCAUCCUGGCUCAUGGACUGGAUUCGCUCGUGCACCACUUCACCUAUGUUGUAGACAACCUACCCGCCAAACACUUCAUCUUUGGCACCCCCAUCUUUCGCCAGCCACUCAUGCUUGAAGCGCUGAAAGUCCAGCUGUCAGGAACAACCCCACGACUCCAAUCUUCCGGCAUCCCACCGUACAUUGAAGUCUACCGACUUCUCGAGCGCCAACGAUCUUCCAUCGAUGCCAUACCAAAGAACAUUGUCGACCAAGUGCGGGACAUGCUGGACGAGCACGACGUGGCGCGUGGCGCAAUCAUUAGUGUGCUGAUCAAGCAAACCAUCGUUGACGCGCUACAAGGACUCGGUGUUGGUCAGCAGUCAGAUGAUCACGAACCACUGCUGGAUGACGAACAAGGUCAGCGGGUAACAUACUUGCAUUUGUGCGGCGGUCGAAUGCACAAGCUUCCACAAGAAUUUGAGUUCCCCCAGGCCGACACAGCGACAGCGUGGGCACUUUGGUUGGCAACGAUCGAUUGA